AUGGCUACGUCUUUCCAACCUAAUGUCCAUUACACAUUCGGAUCCCCUCUUUCCACGGCCUCGCUUUUCGGUACCAGGAGAGCAUCAGAUAUCCUCGACCAGGAUAGCUACAGCACUGGGCUUCACACCUCCACGUCGAGACGAGGUUCGAAGGCCCUCAGUGGCGGAGGAAGCUCUACGCUGGCGGAUGUAGUAAGUUCACUUGCUCGUCGCAGUAGCGAUGCUAUGAUCUCGUCCACAAUCUCGGACGCAGACUAUGCCACGCUGCUCGAAUGGAUUCGAGCGGAGCGAAUGCGGAAGCUGCCUCCAGAAGGAAGUAGUUAUGAUAAGGCUCUCGUUUGGGCCGCCCUGUUCGUGGAACGGCUGCACUCGUUUGAUACUGCCUUGGAGCACUUCGCGGGAGACAGUCACAUGGCGGCCCAACUUGCCUACGUUCACUGUGCAAGCUUGCUGGAGCUGGCGGAGGAAAAUGCCCCUGCCUUGAUGGAUCUGUUUGGAUUCUUCUAUCGCUCUUCCAUGGGUCUUGGAAACCUGUUGGAUCGUACAGAACUGUUCUCCGUGUCCCAGGAUAUCAAAGACCAACUAAUUCUGGCAUUGGCUGAUCUAGUCACUCUGGUCGUCGGCGUUGCCAGAUCGUUUCACCGGUCUUUGAACAUCACCGAGAUCAGAACCAUCAAGGACUGGCUCCAGCCCGAAGAUCCCGUGCUGGGAAACGUGGCUGAGACGAUAGCUCACUUUGCACAGGAGCGAGAGGAGUCUACCUGUCUGUGGAUGACCCCGUACUUGACCCGAUUCCUCAAAAGCGACCGUAAGAUCCUGUCAAUUCAUGGAAAGCCAGGAUCUGGCAAAACGGUCUUAGCCACGGUCAUCAACGACCAUCUGCAGCAUCCCCUCGGUGGGAUCAGCUACAAGUCUAUCUUCGUCCCGAUUAGUGAUCGCAUCCCGUCCAACACUACCCCUCGCGCGGUCGCCAAGAUGAUCAUGUCCCAGCUUUUCGCUAAGCGUAUUGGGAAUGUAAGACUCUAUCAAAUCUUAUCGGAUGCAUAUAGUCGCAGCCAAGUAACCCUAGAAGAGGAUGCGUACGAUGACCUGUUGUGGGUUGCGGUGGGGAACGCACUCAAAAGCAGUCUGCAGGGUGCCAAGGAACUCGUCCUCGUCGUUGAUGGAAUGGACGAGGCCAGUUGCGGAGAGACCGCCCUCUUCAAACGACUCACCAACAGUGCUGUACCAGCAGACAGAGUCAAAUUGAUUGCCCUAGGCUCCCAGCAACAAUCCCCGACAGCCUCUCAGAGCACGGUGCAUGUCAGCCACGAGCUUGUCUUUGAUGACAUCACUGCUGUCGUCAGAAACAUCCUACAGCAUAACCGUGCUUUCACAUCUUUGUCCGAAGAUGAACAAGAGGUCAACGUCACGCGCAUUGCUGAAGCGUCCAGUGGCUCGUUCUUGUGGGCGAAACUGGCCGCAAAACGGAUUCGCGAUGAGGGCGGCUCUAACGCACAGGGGCUCGCCAGAGCUGUCGAGAGUGUCGCGAAUACUGGAAAGACAAUCACCGAUCUGGUCUCGCAUGCAAUGCACUCGAAGAUAGGCGAAGACGCGUUGAAAGUCCUCUCCUGGCUUUCUACUGCAGCUCGCCCCUUGACACAGAAGGAGCUUUCGGCUCUUGGCUCAAUCCAAAUCGACAAGGGCACAAUCAACGAUGAAGCGUCGGAUAUUCAGGGUACCCUGAGAUCAGUCAAAUCGCUUGUGUUUGUUCAGAAUCGCAUGGUCUACCUUCGCCACGGAUUGAUUCGUACGGCCAUUCUGGAUGUCCUUGCGAAAGACAAAUUGUUGCCGCACAUCAAGAACCGAAACAGCGAUCUAGCACAAAGACUGUUAAUCUACACAAAAAUCGUCGUCACAAGCGAUCAUGAACCCUCUUUGGAUCUCUUGGAAGAACACGCGAGCCAAGAAUUGCUGGACAAACAUCCGUUGCUCGACUUCGCUUUACGAUACUGGUUGACACACGUGAAAAUCGCUUUUGGCUGCACGACAGAUCAAGAGAUUGCAACUGCUGCCAAGGAGCUUCGCAAUGCUAUUCCGACCACGCCCACAGUGCCACUGCUGGAGAUGACCGUAUGGGAGAACAAAUCCACGCCGUCUCUACGACUCCUACAUGGCAUUCAGAGUCGGGUAUAUCGACAGGCGUUGACCACAAAACAUCCUACAGCCCUACAAACGGUGCUGUGCCAAGCUUUGUUUUACCGGCGAAUUCACAGCAGCCUUCCAAUCCAUAUCAGCAAGAUAUUCUACGAUGCUGCAAAGAUAAGCCAGACCGUUUUGUCAGUCCGUCAUCUGAUAACCAUGCAGAUGACCAAGUACUAUCUGGAGAUUACUGCCGACCAGGUUGCCGACUCUCGGACCGAGAUCAUGAUCAAACGGACAGAGAUGCUGCAGCUCCUGGUUGAAUGCUAUAGGGUCCACUACGGGGUGUCGAGCAGCAUAGUAACUUCUACCCUGACUCAGCUGUCCGAGCAUUACAUCUCGAUGGGAGACGAAGCCAAAGCCAAAGAAAUCACAGCCUCGAUACACGGGACCACUCCGGAGAGUCCAUCGCAGUCGAAUAAUUCCCGACCAGCCGAUGACUCGCUGAUGGUUCAUCUCCACGGUCGCAAAGAUACAAUGGAGGCGCGCACUACUUUCUCUCUAGACCAACUGGAGCAGGAUGAUGUGAUCACCCAGGCAUUCGACUUCAAGUCCCUGCAAGCCAAAGCCGAAAGAUUUGUAACGGAAAAAGACUUGAAAGUAGCCGAGCGGACUUAUGUCGAGCUCUGGCAGCAGACUAGCAAGGAGUACCGCCUCAAUCAUUCAACCGAAUGGGAACUGAGGAACAUGGAGGCUGUAAUGGGUUAUGCCAAGUUUCUCAAGUCCCAACGUCGCGAGAAUGAGGCGGCAUCCAUCCUGUCCGGCUUCUGGGAAGGGUACGGCCAAAGCACCUCCAGUUCUGAAGCUGUUGCCUCGAACUUUCUUGAGAUCGCGAAGGUGAUGAAGUCUGUUGGGCUCUCCGUGCUGGCUCUCAGCGUUUUUAAGCAUUGCGCUCAAAGUACGAACAGCCAGAGCGGAAUUCAUCAGGAAGUUCAGCAGCAUAUCAACACCACAUCGCGGGAGGUGAUGAAGAUGGCGACGUCGACUAGUUCGACGAUCACCGAGUCGAGCCUCAAGGAGAUGGUUUUCAACACCUCUAGCACUGACCAGGUAUCGGUGACUGCGACUAAUACGUUGCUGGAGAUGUACCUAUCGCAGCAUAGAUGGGACGAUGCUACCAAGGUAAUCAAGCAGGUCUUACGGAUCAUGUGGCCUGCGUUCUUUGCACCCUCCGUGGAUGAAGUUGUUCUUCCCUCCAAUAACUUGGCAUACUGUGUCGAGUUGACAGAGCGGUUGAGCAAUUGUUAUCGCUCCAGACGCCGGACGGGCAAAGAGGAAGAUGUUCGUCUGCGUCUGUAUAAGGCUCUUCGACGUGACCGGCCGGCAGGCGACGAGCUGUUGGACCGCGUUACGACAGGCAUCCUGCGUCUCUAUGAACGCAUGUCCCAAAGCGAUAAGAUUAUCAUCAUCCACCAGAAUAUUCUGUACGACUGCACAAGGAGAUAUGGAGCAGAGCACCCCACCGUAGUCAAAAAACUGUGGAAGCUAGCCGAGUUGACUCGACCUCGUCCGAUCGCGGUGGAUUACUACCGACAAAUUGUGCAAAUUCUGAAUAAGGAUUCUGAAACGUGCCAUCCGGAUGCCUUCGAGCCUCUUCUCAUUGUGGUCACCGAGCUUCUGAAUCAAGGGCGGUAUUCGGAAGCAUUGAAACCUUGUCGCGUGCUGUUCAAUACAGUCCAGAAGCCCGAGACAAAUGCUAAGCUUCAAGAGCCGCAAUUUGUUCAGACCCUUUACGAACGGUAUGUUCACUGUCUGCGAAUGGUCCACAGUGACCCUACCUCCAUUCACGACGUGACGGUGCAGUAUCGUAAGGCUUGUAUGAGCCUCUUUGGUAUCGGCGCACCUGUCACGAUUCAUGCGACUCAGACUCUGGCGAACAUUUGCCAGGAGUCUAAACGGUACGAGUCCGAGGCGAUCAAGUUGUAUGAAGAGCUGCUCCAGACGAGAUCCAACGAUGUUGACCUCGACCAUGACGAUAUCCGUGCCACACUCGAUUCAAUUUACGAAGAGCAAAAUAUGGUCGUCAACGCAUCCAAGACUGAGUCUAUGACUGCCGAGCAGGUCAAGAGGGUCGUGUCUAUCCGCACCCAGCGUCUUGCCUCUCUCCGCUCAACCCAUGGAUGGGCUCACGAGGAAUCGUUGUCGCACUUGGCGGAGAUUGUGACUCUGUAUGCUAAGCAGGGAGACAUCCAGGCUGCUGGCACCCUUCUGCGGAAUGCUACAGCCCAGGUUUUGGCCACCGAGUCAUCUUCCAUACAAUUGACAGCAGCCGCCAAGACUAUUGCAACCGGUUAUAUCACAUCCGGUCAAAUAGACCGUGCGAGAGACUUGUCCCAGGAACUGUACCGGCAGAUUGUGGCCAAAGACACAGCCAACGUCGGGACUGUCGGAUUUGACUUGACAACAGCCCAGCGGCAAAGUCUCUCGUUCCUUGCACAACUGGAGUAUAGCCUUCGGAAGCGCGAAGACUCUUCGCUGACGCUGAAUGAGAUCUACUCAGCCCUGACGACUGAAUACAUGUAUUUCGAGCAGUUCCGCGCCGAGAUCAGUUCCAAGAACAGCAGUGUGAUGAGCGUGACACCCUCCGCAUCGCGGCUUCAUGGAUUGCUGGCAGCUAAGGGUCGUCACGCAGAUGCAAGUCGGCUGGCAGAGCAGUUUACUAAUUACUUCCUUGCCACCGAGGGAUCCACGGUACAGGUAAAUGCCAAUCAGGCCAAGGUGUUUGUCGGAACUCUGCUGGAGUAUUUCCACUCGCACGCGUCACAGCACUUCAUUCGCUCAGUCGCAAUUGCCAGCUAUGACCGGGUGACCCAGCUGUUGGCGAUGGCUGACUAUACUUCAGCCUGCGGAGUUGCCCUUACGGCUUUCAAAUAUGUCAGGGCGCAUCAGGGUUAUGCUUCUCCUUCUGUCUUGAAGUUGCUUUUCAAAUUGGGUCUCGUGAUUGCCGGUCGCGAUGUCGAAGCGCGACCUGCAGCCCCAUCCAGGAAGGAGAUGCUCAGCGUCUCAGCCACCAUCCUGAAGGAGACGCUUGACUAUCUUAAGCAGCAAAAGGUCGAUCUCACUCAGCUCGACCUUGUCCAUCUUAACAACCUCAUCUGCGUACUGGACGAGCAACACGACUAUCAUACACUGGCUUGGAUCCUCACGUCUCUGUGGAAUAACCGUGACACUCACAUCUCCACUCAGCCACAGUACGCCUAUACACUCGCCCUGGGCCGGAUGCUCGUCAUCACCCGCUACUUGAUCGGUGAUUACACCGCCGCCAUGCGUCUCGCUGAAGAUAUCGUCUACAACUGUGCUCGGGUUCACGGACCCCGACACGCGAGUACGGUGGAAAUGACUGUUCUCCUCUCGCAGAUGUACACUAGCGUAGCGCAAGGCUACCAGAACCAGAAAGGUCGUCGCGAACUGGCGUACCGGUACUACAAAAAAGCAGCCUCAUUACAUGAGAAUGCUCUGCGAGUCUUCAUCGAUCCUACCUCGGUUUCAUCUACCGAAAUGAAAGAUGGGUCCACUUCUGGACUGUCCGACUCUGAAGCAUCCAGCCCAGGGGGGCUAGUUGAGGAUGAGGGUAAGCAUGUUAGACAGCAUCUGCAUUUGCUGAAGCUUGCGGUGGAGCGUCUAGGCGACUGGCCCAAGGAGUAUUCCGAGUACGAGCGGCUGAAUGCGGAUCUGUUCCGGACCUUUGCCAAGGAUUUGAAGGAUGUGGAAGGAGUCGAGAAGUGGAACUUGAAGCGAUUCGGAUCUGGCCGUGCCGAAGCGAGCGACGACCUGAUUUCGACGGGUAUCAACCAGAUUGUGGGCAGUCAUGAACGACUUGCGAUUGCGGUGUGAGUCAACUUGAAUCACAAUAGGCUAAAAGUGUCUUGGAACCUUCGAUCGUCAUGCGGUGCAUAUUCGAUAUUUCGUAUGCAGUGAAAUCAAUCUGAUUUAUCUUCAUAUUUUAAACAGUCAUCAAUUGGGUCCUCGCCGG